AUGAGCGCAGGCGUAGCGAAGCCCACUGCCGCGCAUAGCGACCCCAAAUCGGCCCCGUUGAAAGAGAUCCCCGACAUCCUGGUGGACAGCCGCACGUCGCGUAGGUACUCCCGGGGAAGAUUUUUGGGUAAAGGGGGGUUCGCCAAAUGCUUUGAGAUCACGGACCUUGAGAGCAAGCAGGUGUUCGCAGGGAAAAUUGUGCCCAAGGCCCUCAUCCUCAAGCAGCACCAGCGUGAGAAAAUGAGCUCCGAGAUCUCUAUCCACAAAAGUCUGGACCAUGCCAACGUGGUAGGCUUCCACGGCUUCUUCGAGGACGACAACUUCGUGUUUGUGGUGCUGGAACUGUGUAGAAGAAGGUCUCUGCUGGAGCUGCACAAACGUCGUAAGGCCGUGACAGAACCUGAGGCCCGCUACUUCAUGAUGCAGCUGCUGAAGGGUGUCCAGUACCUACACAACAACCGCAUCAUUCACAGAGACUUGAAGCUGGGAAAUAUCUUCCUCAACGAUGACAUGAAUCUUAAGAUUGGGGACUUUGGACUGGCCACUAAGAUAGAGUUUGACGGCGAGAGAAAGAAGACCCUGUGUGGGACUCCAAAUUACAUCGCACCCGAGGUGCUGUGCAAGAAGGGCCACAGCUACGAGGUGGAUGUGUGGUCUCUGGGCUGCAUAUUGUACACACUGCUGGUUGGCAAGCCCCCGUUCGAGACGUCCUGUCUGAAGGAGACCUACAACCGCAUCAAGAAGAACAACUACAGCAUCCCCUGGCAUAUCCACCCCGCAGCGUCCUCCCUGAUCAAACGCAUGCUGCACGCUGACCCCACACAGAGACCAACAGUGUCAGAGAUGCUGAGUGACGAGUUCAUGACCUCGGGCUACGCUCCCCUUCACCUGCCGACCACCUGCCUUACAGUGUCACCACGCUUCUCCAUUGCCCCGUCUACCGCACCUGAGCAACACAGGCGGCCUCUCACCGCCAUCAACAACAAGGGAUCAGAGAAGGUGGAGCUAAAGGAGGAGCAGCCGCAAAAGGAGUCAGAGCAGGAUGAUCACCUCAGAGACCUACUGCAGCAGAUCAUCGGCCUGAUGUCUACCAAGCCCUCAGAGAGACCCAACAUCCGCCAAGAGGAGGCUGAGGACCCUGCCUGUAUCCCCAUUUUCUGGAUCAGCAAAUGGGUAGACUACUCUGACAAAUAUGGACUGGGUUACCAGCUGUGUGACAACAGUGUAGGCGUGCUGUUUAACGACUACACACGGCUCAUCAUGUACACUGACGGAGAUAGUCUGCAGUACAUAGACAAAACUGCUGCCGAAUCUUAUCUCAGCACGCGCUCCUACCCCUCCGCCCUCAACAAGAAGAUCACACUGCUGAAGUACUUCCGUAACUACAUGAGCGAGCACCUACUGAAAGCCGGAGCAAACAUGGUCCGGCGGGAUGGGGACGAGCUGGCCCGCAUGCCCUACCUCUCCCUGUGGUUCCGAACAAAGAGCGCCAUUGUGCUGCACCUCACCAAUGGCACCGUGCAGAUAAACUUCUUCCAGGACCACACCAAGAUGAUAUUAUGCCCGCUGAUGGGAGCAGUCUCCUACAUCGAUGAGAAGAAGGAAUUCCGCACAUACAAGCUGUCUCUUCUGCAAGAGUUUGGAUGCAGUAAGGAGCUGGCCAGCCGCAUCCGAUAUGCCAAGCUGAUGGUAGAGAAGCUCCUGGACACAAAGCCAACGGAUGCUGCACACUCGUAA